CUGAUGUCAUUUCGGAACUAGUUGUUUGUUAUCAUCGCCGUCGUCGCCGAGUCAGCGUCCCUGGUGUCAGGGGGUCCAUUUCAAACCCCAUUUUUAUUUUUUUAAAUUUUUAUUUUGUUAAAAAGUGAAUACCAUGUCCUCGUCGUCCUCGUCGUCCUCGGCAUCAACGCCGCCCCCGACGACGCCCCCAGGCCUGCACCAGAACACGAUCAACCCAGAGGCACCGUGGCUCGUCCAGAAAUUCGGAGGAACGAGCAUCGGAAAAUUUGCAAUCGACAUUGCAAGAGAUAUCAUUCCGAACUAUAUCGACCAGUACCAGGUCGCCGUCGUCUGCUCUGCCCGUUCUGGCUCCACUAAAGCACUUGGGACCACUAACCUCCUGCUCCGUGCAGCAUCCCAAGUCCGCCAGCGUCAGGCCUGCAAAUCAGCCUCUGGAACACAAACACCCAUCUCUAAUGGUUUAUUUCGGCGUUCCGGAAGCCGAUCCGACUCCCCCUCAUUCGGUCUCGCCAUCACACCGAUAACCGCCUCUUCCACUAAGGAAAGCAAUCGAGGUAGUAGUAACACACCGCCAGCGCCCGAAUUCGCUGCAACCGUCGACCUCAUUAGAUCCGAACACCUCGCAGCAGCUCGCGCCAAUGUCAAAGACCCCGAUCUCCUCCAGGAAUUAGAAGACGAGAUCGACCGCGACUGUGACUGGCUAAACAGUUACCUCCUCGCCACGCAGCUCAUCAAUGAAAUAUCGCUGCGUUCAAGGGACAACAUCGUCGGCUUCGGCGAACGCCUCGCCUGUAAACUCAUGACCGCCAUCUUACGUGAUCAGGGCGUCGAUGCCGAAUACGUCUCCCUCGAGGACAUCGUACCCAUUUCCGACAUCGACGCUUUUGAUCCCGUGACCUUUUACGAUGGUGUAUCCCACGCAGUCGCGCAGCGUAUCCGCGAAUGUGCACCCCGGGUGCCUGUUGUCACCGGCUUUUUCGGCCCAGUUCCUGGCUCCCUCCUCCGCCAAAUUGGUCGUGGGUACACCGACCUUCUCUCCUCUUUACUUGCCGCCGGUCUUGAUGCGUGUGAAUUGCAAAUAUGGAAAGAAGUCGACGGAAUAUUCACCGCUGAUCCUCGAAAGGUACCCACUGCACGGCUGCUUCCGGUCAUCUCCCCAGACGAGGCAGCAGAGCUGACCUAUUAUGGGAGUGAGGUCGUUCAUCCAUUUACUAUGGAGCAGGUUCUCCGUAAAAACAUUCCUAUCCGUAUCAAAAAUGUCGAGAACCCCUCGGGCCACGGAACAGUAAUUCAGCCUGAGCCAGAUGGUGUCGAGGACCUUACAGCGAAACCUAUCAACCUAACCUCUCUUCCGUCCUUUUCAUCGCUGUCCUCCGCAUCUUCACCGUGCAUCUCCUCUGCUUUUCAAACCUACCCGUACUACGGAAGCAGGCGUCUUCCAUCUGCUGUAACGAUUAAAGAUCACAUUAUCAUCUUAAACGUGAACUCUAACCGUACACGUGUCUCACAUGGGUUCCUGGCAAAAAUAUUCGGUGUAUUGGACAGUUUUGGCGUAGUCGUGGAUUUGGUCAGUACGAGCGAGGUCCACAUCAGCAUGGCAAUCGAGGAUAUCUCAGAAGGUGCUUGCGGAGGCGCUGAUACCACAGAAAAUGGAGCCACAGGGUGCGGAAAGAAGGUUCUCGACAAGGUCGUCGCAGAGUUGGGGAAAUGCGGUACUGUUACCGUCCACCCUCAGAUGUGUAUUCUCUCCCUCGUUGGUAAACACAUGCACAACAUGAUCGGUAUUGCUGGUCGGAUGUUUACCACACUUGCACAAGGAAGUGUCAACAUCGAAAUGAUAUCGCAAGGAGCGAGCGAGAUUAACAUUUCGUGUGUCAUCCAAGCCAGGGAUGCCGUCAAGGCAUUAAACUUGAUACAUCAAAGUUGUUUGGGAAUCGGGGUAAACGGGGUCGGGGCUGAGGUGGGGGGCGGCGGUCUCGGAGUGCUGACAGGAGUGGGCACGGGAGGAGUGCGAGGAAUUGAUGGAAAAGGUGGGAGAGUGGGACCUUGGCUCUUCUAAGUUUUCCGGUCGUCCUUGUGGGAGACUCUAAUAUGCUGCCCUCCACUUCGCUAUAUGGCAACCUCACCCGGAAGCUUGUCCCCGUCGCAUGCACCGUUGCGGUUCGGAGAUGCAGUUGCCUACCACAAAUUCGGUAAUCGAAAAAACCAAAAGAAAAGGAACCGUCACAUUGCGGUCUGCCACCCAUUGCCACGAUACCAUACUAGAGCAUCCCGUGUUUCGUAUGCAGGCCGUGUGCUGUUUGAAAUUAUGUCCCUUUGCAUCUACGUGCUGUGUUGUAGCUUAGGCUGUAGAA